CGCGAUUCGUGUCGCGUGAAGACCCAACAUCAAUUGAAAGGUUGUUCAAGGAUGGCAUUUUUUCAAGCAAAGUCGACAUCAACAGCAUCGAAACAUUCUUUAGACCCAGAACAUCAACCAUGGGUAGAAAAAUAUCGACCAAAGACCAUAGAUGAUAUCUCAGCACAAGAGCAUACAGUAGCAGUACUGCGGAAAACGCUAGUCUCGACCAAUCUCCCUCACAUGUUGUUCUAUGGACCUCCCGGGACUGGUAAAACAUCUACCAUCCUUGCGCUUGCAAGGCAACUCUUUGGACCUGAUAACUUUCGAAAUCGAGUCCUAGAGCUCAAUGCAUCAGACGAGAGAGGUAUCAGUAUAGUCAGAGAGAAAAUCAAAUCGUUUGCCCGUCAAACACCCCGAGCACAGGCAGUGGCAUCAGAUGGGAAUGUCUAUCCCUGUCCACCAUACAAAAUUAUCAUUCUCGACGAAGCAGAUUCAAUGACGCAAGAUGCGCAAGGUGCAUUACGGCGGAUAAUGGAGACCUACGCCCGGAUAACUCGUUUCUGUCUUGUUUGUAAUUAUGUGACAAGAAUAAUCGAACCUCUCGCGUCUCGAUGUUCAAAGUUUCGUUUUACUCCUCUUGAUUCGACAUCCACCUCAGCCCGACUCUCUUAUAUCGCAAGUGCAGAAAAUAUUAACGUGGAUCCCGAGGUCAUUUCUACCCUCAUCGAGACCUCUGGUGGUGACCUCCGUCGUUCCAUCACAUACUUGCAAUCUGCAUCUCGAUUAUCUUCCUCCACCGACCCCCCGGUGCCAAUCACGCCUUACGAUAUCCAGGAGAUAGCAGGUGUUGUGCCAACUGCUGUUAUAAACGAUUUUGCGAGGACUCUCGGCGUUUCCGUAGUCGGGGACAUGGAUGUUGAUGACUUGCCUGCAAAUAAGAAACUGAAGGGCUUCAAUGCCGUCCAGAAAAAGGUCAAGAGCAUCAUGCGAGAAGGAUACUCAGCAUCACAAACCCUCUCACAGCUUCAUGACACUAUCAUUCUGCAUCCGACACUACCUGCACGACAAAAAGCAAAGUGUGCUCUCGCUUUUGCAGAGGCCGAUAAGGCUCUGUGUGACGGUGCUGACGAAGAACUAUGGGUACUCGAGGUUGGGCUUCGCAUUCACAAAGCAGUUACCACAUCAUGACGUUCUAGUAGAAAUGAUUCAUAUAUAAUGUGAAUUUCAUUGCUUAUCAACAGCAUCUGAGUUUGCCCUUCAAUGUAGUGGUAUGGUAGCAUUGACCAUAUCGAGUCUACAAUCACCAAGGCUCGCUCAAGAUGACGGUCGCAUACCUUCCGCAUUUGCAGCCGCGACAUCUUCCAAACAUUUACCUGCCUUGGAUCCAUCAGUGCAAUGAUUUUACCAAGUCUGGACAUCUCUACUUUUUGAUGUAUCAUGCCUAUUGUCUGUUGUUCCCUGCUUCAUCAGCCGCAUCAAUAAAUGCUUGUCAUAUCCACUCCUUCUCACUUUGCAGGUCAUUUAUUGGCCUGCAACUCACUUGGCGCUCGACAUCCUGGGCGGACUAGGUCACACAGU